AUGGAGGUGAACUUGGAGAACAUCCUGUCCCGCGACUGCAGCAGCCGCUGCCGGGAGCACCGCGAGAGCUCCUCGAUGCGCCGCCGCCGCUCCAGGGUGAGGGCUGCAUGCGGGGCCUGGCGGCGGGCGAGGGGGCGGGCAGCCGCCGGCGCUGCCUGCUGCUCCGCGGCGGACACCGUGGCACUGACACGGCCGGCUGCGGCGCCGGCUGCCGAGGCGCCGGGUGUCCGCCCCGGCGCGGCCUGCAGGGGCCGCCACCCCCCGCACGCAGCCAACCGCGCCGCGGGCAGGCCCGGCCCGGCCCGGCCCGACCUAGCGCCGCGCAGCGCGCACCGCCCCGGGAGACAAAGGGUGUCUCACUUUACCUCCAAACUGGAUAUUGCAGACAAAAAGAUCAUCAUUGCCAUCUUCCCAAGGCACAGGAAAACCAGAGUGGCCCAUCCUCAGGAGCCUCACCACCCCUCUGAAAAGCCAGUCAUCCACUGCCAUAAGUGUGGGGAGCCAUGUAAAGGUGAAGUACUCCGUGUUCAGGCCAGACAUUUUCACAUCAAAUGCUUCACCUGCAAAGUGUGUGGCUGUGACCUGGCACAAGGAGGCUUUUUCAUUAAGAACGGGGAAUAUCUUUGUACCCUGGAUUACCAGCGCAUGUAUGGUACCCGCUGCAACGGUUGUGGGGAGUUCGUUGAAGGAGAAGUAGUGACAGCUCUGGGAAAAACUUACCACCCAAACUGCUUUGCCUGUACUGUUUGCAAGCGCCCAUUUCCACCAGGUGAUCGGGUUACCUUUAAUGGAAGGGAUUGUCUCUGCCAGAUGUGUGCUCAGCCCAUGUCCUCCAGUCCGAAAGAAGUGUCUGCCUCAAGCAAUUGUGCUGGCUGUGGAAGAGAUAUAAAAAAUGGACAAGCAUUGCUAGCUCUGGAUAGGCAGUGGCACCUGGGAUGCUUUAAGUGCAAGGCCUGUGGGAAGGUCCUUACAGGGGAAUACAUCAGCAAAGAUGGUGCUCCGUAUUGUGAAAAGGACUAUCAGGUUCUUUUUGGAGUCAAAUGUGAAGCAUGUCACCAGUUCAUCACUGGAAAAGUCCUAGAGGCAGGUGACAAGCAUUAUCAUCCAAGUUGUGCACGAUGCAGCAGGUGCAACCAGAUGUUCACGGAAGGAGAAGAAAUGUAUCUGCAAGGUUCCACUGUCUGGCAUCCCGACUGUAAGCAAUCCACUAAGACUGAAGAUAAGCUACGGCCUACAAGAACAUCAUCAGAAAGUAUUUAUUCCAGACCAGGUUCCAGUAUCCCUGGCUCACCAGGCCAUACUAUCUAUGCAAAAGUAGACAAUGAGAUCCUUGAUUACAAGGAUUUAGCAGCCAUUCCCAAAGUCAAGGCCAUUUAUGACAUUGAACGUCCAGACCUAAUUACUUAUGAGCCAUUCUACACUUCCGCCUACGAGGACAGACAGGAGAGACAGAGUCUUGGAGAGUCUCCAAGGACAUUAUCUCCUACCCCUUCUGCAGAAGGUUAUCAGGAUGUUCGGGAUCGCAUGAUUCACAGAUCUACUAGUCAGGGCUCUAUUAAUUCUCCAGUGUACAGUCGCCACAGCUACACACCCACCAUGUCACGUUCCCCUCAGCAUUUCCACAGACCUGAGCUGCUCUCUACUGGUGUGCAGCGGUUGUCACACCUGCGCACUAGCAGUGUCAGCUCCACCCACCAUGACUCCCGCCCCAACUCCCCCUUCCGACACCACUUCAUCCCCCAUGUCAAAGGCAAUGAGCCGUCCAGCGGUCGGAACUCCCCUGUCCCUUAUCGGCCAGACAGCCGCCCUCUCACUCCAACUUACGCUCAGGCCCCUAAACAUUUCCAUGUUCCAGAUCAAGGCGUCAACAUUUACAGAAAACCACCAAUCUACAAACAGCAUGAUGCAGCUGCUUUGGCAGCACAGAGCAAGUCCUCCGAGGAUAUCAUCAAGUCCUCCAAGUUCCCAGCAGCCCAUGCACCAGCACCCAACGAGAUACCAAAGAUUGAGACGGACCACUGGCCAGGUCCUCCCUCCCUUGCGGCCAUAGGAGCUGACAUGAGACGCAGAUCAAGUGGAAGAGAGGAAGAAGAUGAAGAACUACAGAGACGCCGGCAGCUGCAGGAGGAACAGCUUUUGAAGCUCAACUCUGGUCUGGGACAAUUGAUACUGAAAGAAGAGAUGGAAAAGGAGAUUCGUGAUAGGUCAUCCCUUUCUGCCAGUCGUUACGAUUCUCCAGCACAUGCUUCAGCUUCCAAAACCUCUUCUCUCCCUGGCUAUGGAAGAAAUGGGCUUCAUAGGCCGGUGUCUACAGAUUUUGGUCAGUACAACAGUUACGGGGAUGUGAGUGGCGGAGUUAGAGAUUUCCAGUCCCUCCCGGAUGGUCAUGUCCCUGGAAUGAGAAUGGACAGAGGAGUAUCUAUGCCUAACAUGUUGGAGCCAAAGAUUUUUCCAUAUGAAAUGCUCAUGGUGACCAACAGAGGGCGAAAUAAAAUACUAAAAGAUGUAGACAGAACCAGGCUUGAGCGUCACUUGGCGCCUGAAGUUUUUCAAGAAAUAUUUGGCAUGACGAUACAGGAGUUUGACAAGUUACCUCUCUGGAGACGCAACGACAUGAAGAAAAAAGCAAAACUCUUUUAAACUCCCUUUUAACAAACCAACAAAAAAUGAUGCAUAGGAUAUUGUAUCAUGCAGUCCAAACUAUUUGGAAACAACUGCUUAUCCACCAAAAAGGGAAAAUCACAUAGUGGCACCUUUAUGCACAGCAACUGAACAAGAUGAACAUUUGCCCUCCUGGAGCAUAGGGAGAAAAUAUCUGUGCUCAGAAACAAUGAUGAUGGUUUUCACAGGUGUCAACCUUUUACAUGAUAUUAUACAAGAUAGGAAACUGUUCUCCCUCAAUGAUGUUCCUCUUUUCUCCAUAAUAUGAUGGACUUAAUUGCUAGAGCCAGGAAGUGCCCUUAGGAUGCCUUGUAGACUAAAGUAGUUGUAACCACACUAUUUUAUACACACACACACACACACAUAUAUGUGUGUGUGUGUGUGUGUGUGUGUGUAUAUAAAAACAUAUAUAUGUAUGUAUGUAUGUGUGCGUGUGUGUAUUUAUAUCUAUCCAUCUAUCUAUCUAUAUAUAUAUCUGUGUGUGUAAGUAUGUAUAUAUAUGGAAAGAAAGAUAGAUAGAUAUUCUGUAGUUAAGAAGAAGCCCUUUGUAAUAUAUCUGUAUGGUUACAUUAAUCCUUUUGCACAGCUGUUUCUUAAUUGGCACUCUUUUGAAAUGGCAUCAUCUUUGUGUGAUAAAAAUCUGCAAAGCUGGGCUCUCUGCUCACUUACACUGCAUACCAAUUGAAUUGUUGGAAAAUAGACUCCUUGCUUACACUUGUACAUAUUUGUUAGGCUAUAGGUAGUGAAUUACAGUGUCUGUUGUCAGUCUUCCUUCUUCCAUACUUUCUGCUUGAAUUAAUAAGGCUGGAGCUUAACCAGUCAUCUAAGUAGUUCAAGAUCAUUUAAGUAAUGGGAAUGACAGAGAAGAGUCAGUUUUCUUGUUAUGUAGUCCAGGAGAUGGGUGGAUGGGGGUGGGAGUGACAGAGUAAGAAACUGCAUUUCUAAGUGUGCCCUGGUUCACACCCAGAGAUUUUGGGACAGACUCCCUGCUAGUAAUUACUAGUAAAGCUCCUCAAACUGCAGUGGAGUUGCAGUGUUUUGUAUCAGCAGGGAAAUAGGUUGUCUGAAAACCAACACCGAAUUUCAUCCCUCUUGGGGAGGAACAUUUAUGAGUUAAAAGGUACCAUCAAGGUGCCAUGUUCUGCCAAUAGAGGCUCUUUGAUUAAAUCGCAGUUGCUGAUGUCAAUAUAGCACAGUGCAUGGGGCCAAGCACUCUCUUUUUAGUCAAUGUAGUUUCACUUGUGCUUGGAAAAGGGGCACGAACAUUCUUUCUUCUCUCUUGAUGUUUCAAAGCUCUAGCCUUGGUUAUCUUUAUUUCCCUUCGUGCCUGACAUAGUUUGUGAAGAGAGAGAAAUUAUGCAAGAUAGUUUCUGAGCUGCAUUGAACUCUUUAUUGCUUUUGGUCUUCUUCCACUAUGCUGCAGCUUUAAGAACUGCUUGUACAUACCUUAACUGCUUGUAGGGAGGUCCUAUAUAGAGGAGGAUGAGCACUGAAGUAAUUGAAUGAAUGCUUUGUGGCUGCAAGGUCAGCUUUUUUCUCUUCCUUGGUGCUUAACUGCCAAUGCAUAAUGCACUAAUUAGUACAUCUCCUGAUAUGGGAGAGGGUCAUUUAGGUUCUGUGUCUGUCGAAGAAUAUCAAAUUUUCAUUUUUAAUGCAGAACUGUUGGCACAGGAGACAUCAGAACCCUUGUAUUUUCUGUUGCAGGAGACAUUGAUGUUAAAAUCUGGAAGUCAGGAAGGGGAAAUGGUCCUGUGCAGUUGUGAGAUUCAGUAUCGCUGCGUUGACUUCUGUACAUCACCAAAUGGCAUUUCACUUCCAAUGGCAGCCUAACUAAAAUGAAUGUACAGGACAGCCCAAAUCCUGCCUUUUCUUUGCUGGUUUAGGAAGCCCUGUUGCAACAUAUCAGUGUGGCUCCUUUGAUAAAAUCUGGGUUAAAGAUUCAGUAUAUGAGAGAUUGAUGCAAGCGGUCAGCACCUGCCCAAUGUCCCUAGAGGUAAGGGAGUGGUGAGUACAAGGGAUGAGCUGGAGAAUAUGCUGCUGUGCAUAUCUGGCAUCAUAGUCUCCAUUUAACAAAAGUCCUCAGUGAACACUGACACACAGUUGUGAGUAAGCUCUCUGGACAUUACUGAGAUUCAGCAAGGAUCAGUUCAACAUGCUUUACUUCAUUUUUCAGAACAAGCAUCUGAAAUGGUUUUAGAGCAAUGCCAAAAAGUAAACAGGAACGUUAGGGGCACUGGCAGUUUGAGAUGCAUUUUUGAAUGACUGCUGAAACCAAGUACAUAUGAUGAAAGAGCAGCAAUGUUUUGCAGUCACAGACUUUGUGACUGUUGGAAUCUCAGAAAUUCAGUGUUUGUUACCUGCAAGUGGUGGAUUAAUUUUGAGAUGAAUGUUUGAGUUUUAAUAUAUUUCAAGUAUUAAAAUUCUCCAAAUUUUGUCAGCCCUCAUCCUACAGAUGAUACUGUGCUGCCACAGCAUCUUGGACCCUCCUGAUCAACAUAUUGGGUAUUCUGGGUCUUUAGCCCAGGUCACAGUAAACCUUCUUGAUCCCAAGACUGCUCUGUGAAGGAUGUGAGCUGCAGGUGUGCAUUCUUCUCUUCCCAUCUUUAGGUUACUGUUGAACUUCUCACAGGAGAUAAAAAUACUUAGUCAUUUCAGAAAUGGCUAAGCCAAGUUGUCUUCUGUUCUGGUGGUCUCCCCUUUUUCUCCCCCUGCCCCUCCAAAACCAAAAAGCCUGUGAAAAAUGAGUGGAUAAUUUGUAUCUGCCUCAUCAGCUGAGAAUUUAAAGCUGCAAUUGCAGCAUGGGAAGGAAUGAAGAAAAGCCAGCUUAGAAGCCCUAGAUAAAAUUGCUCCAAAUGGAUUUUUGGGCCAGUGCUGGUUCACCUCUGGCUGGUGAGGAGUGUAGUCAGAGGCAGCUCACAGCUCUCUGCACUAGACUUAAUACUGCUUUACUUCUGAUUGAGAACAUAAGGGUUUUCUGAGCUUUAACUUCAUGCCUGUAGUUGAUUCCUCUUAGCUAUCCCAACCAUCUGCAUGUAGACACACCCCAAGAGAUCUCAUGUCCGUGAAACCCAUCCUGCUGCUAGCCACAGGGUAUGUGUUUGUUUUCUGCAGUGGGCUCUUAGCAAUUGUUACUACAUUUUCUGUUCUUUCAUCAGCUUGUCCCACCUAAUAAACGCAGAAAUGUAGCCCUAGGGAGAAUUUUCUUCCUAAGUAGUGAAGCAUUUUCCUAGUAGCAAUCCAGUAGCAUUUUGCUUGUUGGGCAGCUCUGCCCUCUCAGGCAGUUCUUUGUAAUUCCCCUCUUCAAUAUUCCUGUGAGACAGGUGGCUGAUGAUUGAAUUGAAUAUUGCAAUAUGGCACAGAAUCAGAUUUUGUUUAGAGCUUUGUAAUAAGGCUCUGGUUCAGUAAAUACCUAAGCAUGUGUAAAGAUGUGCCUUAAGUAUAUGCUUAAUUUUCUCUGUGUCCUACAAAGCAUUUGAGCUUCUGAUAAAGCUCCAUUGAACUCAGUGAUGUUGACAGAAAGUCACUGUCAUAAGCGCUGAAAAUUGAUUGCUUUUGCUCUUUUUUCUUUUUUUCCCUUUCUGCUUUAAGAGCAAUAUAAGAGCAAAGGUACAGUGUCAAAGCAGGCAUUCAGGAUGGAACUGCAAGAUAAAUAUGCAUGUGUGCAAAAUGGGAUUAUGUGCACAUGCAGGUUUUCAAACACAAAUGCACACAUAGCACAUGCUCUCCAUUUGGAGUUGAGAUAUCAUGUGAGCAGUUAACCUGGAAUUUCCAAAUAGUGCAAAGUAUUCAAUACAUAGCAAUCAUUAGGUUAUGACAGCUGUCAUUUGUAUGUGUGCAUGUAUCUGCCAGGCAUGUGGAUACCUGGUUCUGUGCACUCUGUAUUGAGUGUAAAAAAGACAGGGUCAGUUUCCCACAUUGUCAGAGUGCCAAGUUGGCCAUAGGCAAUGUUAUUUACAAGACCUUUUCUGGCAUGUGUGAAUAGUUGCAGCACCCAUUCUUGGCACUGCUUAGAUGAAAGGGUAAUACCCUGUGCAAUAGUCUUCAUAUUAAUGAGGAAUCCAGUGAUUUGACUACUAGUUUUUGUCCCCUCUCCAGAUACUGGUGUGAAAAUUCCCAUGUAAACUAGUGGAAAACAGUUCUGCCUUAGAGUGGGAGCAGCUGGCCACACCCCAUAUCCUUGCCUUCAUUUAAUGUAGGCUCCACCCUAUUGAGAGGCAGAAGUUGAAGGUUUUAACAAUGUUGAAAUAAAUAUGUUUUUCAUUUUAUCUGAAGAUAAAAGAAUUAAGUCAGCUUGAAGAGUAGAUUUGGAAAUUACUUAACUGUCCAUUAUUUCCCAAUGAAACAAUUGUGGCUUCAAUCAAUUAAGCAAGCUGAAUGUAGCAUCUCAAGUCUGCCAGUGUCCUAUCCCAAACUUGCUAAACUUUCCCUACAACUGGAAAAGUAAGUUCUUUUGAAGCUUGCUCAGAUAAUUUCAUGAGUCUUUGUUUGUUUGUUAUCAUUUCAUGCUGGUGUCGUUAAGACAGUUUUUAGUGGCAUAAGUCUCAGAAACAUACUUGCUUUCAGUUUGGUUAGUAGCUUUUCAUUAAAUAUGACUUGUGGUGAGUUGUAGACUCCAGCUAGCUGCAGUGUGCUGUGAAAGGUUGGACUGGAAAAGCAGUAAGUUUGUUACUGGCCAUAUGUGGGGCAAGACAGCUCUAUGGCUCAAGCAAUGUUUUUACUUCUGUCGAGACAGGUUUCAUCUCUCCUUGUGAAGCUGCAUGGUCUCAAGUCUGUGUGGCUGCAUGCUGAGGUGCUCACUGUUCUUUCCCUAUUGCAAUUUGGAAAUCUUUUUUCAGCCAUACGGUUCAGAAGCCCCACUGUUCAGGGAAGGUCACUAGGAGUCUCUUGUAAAAUUCUGUUACACUGAAAUUAGAUAUAUUUUGAAGUGAAAUCCCUUUCGGUAAGCCACUGCUUCUCCUGAUGUAUUUAUGCCAUGGCAGGUAAUACUGAUGAAUGGAGAAAGGUUAAGUUCUGGUAGAGAGAUGGCAAGUCUGUCUCAUGGGAAAGAGGAAUGCUGGAGGAGGGCUUGAUUUCUCCAGAGUUUGCCAGGGUCAAGUUUAGUUGACUUAGGGAAAAUAAACAUGCCAGCCUGAACCUGUGCUACAUGUUUCAAACCCUGGGGAAGUCAAGUGUGGAGCACCUGUAAAUCAUGAAUGUCUGUGCUGAAAAUAGUGGUAUGAAGAUGUUAUAAGUGACAGAAAAAUUAAUCCCCCAAACAGUAAGAAUAUGAACAUCCUCUAAGGCCGGCAUGGAGUGAUUUAUCUUGGCUCCUUCUGACUUUAAUAGCAGCUAGGAUAUCUUGGCACCUUUGAGUCUUAGCCUUAUACAGUGCUGGUAAAGUCUUUCUCCCACCCCAGGAAUUCAUUACUUUCCUUCAGAGUUUAUUUGUGGAGGAGGUUGUCCACAUCCUGAGAGUUACUGGAGGUGCUAAAAAACAGUCAAUGAUGAUGAUAAUGCAAUAAAAAACCUUCAGGAAGCACGAAAAUCAGCUGACCUGUCCUGAGAUGACACUCAUCUUUCCAUGGCAGAGAGACACUUAGGGCUUGAUCCCACAGCCUCUUUCCUCAUUCGGUUAGCUCCAGGUCAUGGUUUAGUUCUUUGUGCCCUGUCAAACUUUUUGGUCCUGUCAGUGCCCCUGCCGCAGUGCACAUGUGCAGCAUAGCCUUCAGGGCAGACACACAGCAAGGAGUGGCCUUGACAAUGUAUGGUAUGUUUUUACCCCAUUGCUGUGUAAUGAAGAGCUAGACAAAGCUACUGAACACGGUGAUGGUAGAACAAUAUGCCUUUUUCUUUUAGUUUGGAAACACCCUUAUCACUGUGGGUUGCAGGACUGCUGUGGCUAUGGUGAAUUUUGCCUUCUGUUUUCUGCCACACACCUUGUUCGUGCUUAAUAAAAAUAAGGAACAAAAAGUCUAGCUCAGUGCAAAGAUACAGAGUUCUUAGACAACUCUGCUGGCAGGAGUUAUUUAAUGCCCACAUUUGGCAUGGAGGGAAUAAGUAUUAUUAAUUUUAAUGUAGGCAUCAGUGCAGGAAGUGGGAUUGUAAUUGGCCAUUAAUGUUGUUUGCCUGUAUGCAAAAUAAAUUAUUUGUUGCCCAAAGGGCUUCUAACAGGGAAAUAGAUUUCUGCUAAUUGCUUCCAAAAACAUGCUUGUCCAUGUGAAGAGGUAGUACUCCCACAUGCGUUGUGGUCUUUCAAGGUAGAAGGAGACAACUCUGAAGGCAAACAACAAUCUGUUUUGUCAGAAUCACUAUAGUUAAUCAAAGUGGUGCUCCUAGGGCUUCAGAAUCUAAGGCCCACAGAACCUUGCUCCUAGGUGUCAGCAAAUGAAAUAUUUAAAGACAUAAUGAUGCAGAAGCAGCUGUGUGGAUUCUAGUUGUGCCUUUACAGGCUGAGUUUCUAACUCAUUUAGGCACUUUGACAGAUCCUCACGGACACUUGCCUGGACUUUUGUCAGUGACCUCCUUUCAGAAAACGCAUCCCCUAGGCCAGGUGCAAAACUGUUGGAAUCAGAGGAGCCUGUCAUUGACAUCCACACGCUUUGGACUGGGCUCUUUCCUGGCUGGACCAGGGAAGUCUCUGACUGCUGUGUAUGCCACAGCAACAAGCUCUGCAUGUCACUAAUGGAUCUGUCCUGGCCGAGCGGUGUGACUUGGUAGGAGUUCCUGACAACUUUUCCCAUAACGGGGCCUUGCAGCUGGGGGCUUUUUUUUAAGCUUUGGAGACUGCAGCUAAUUUUUCAGAAGUAUGUUUUCUUUUAAAUCAGUAGAUUUUGGCAGUAGGAAUUUUUUAUUUUAUUUUUGCUUUCUCCUUUCUCCAUAUAUGUUAGAAAAUGGCAUUUUGGGGAAGUGUCCUUGUUUUUCCAUUUGUCUGUGAGACAGUCUCUUUCUGAGUCUUUCUGUAAAAGUAAAUUAAUGUCUUGUCUAUACAGUAAGUCUUCUUGAAAAGUUGACCUGGGUUGCAGUUCUGUACAAUUAGCGUUUUCACUGUCAUACUGCAAACAGCACAUAUUGCACUCCUGUGCCACUGUAAUCUGCAUCACUGUUGUACUCAAGUCAAUGAAUAAAGUUUGGAGCUUUAUUCUUAA